CAGUAUUUAGCACAGUCUGCAGUCAGCCGCUCAGUCAACCAACAGCCCAACCACAGCGAAAACAGCUAAGAGCUUUUCAGCACCAAAAAAACAGCGGAGAGCUCCUCAAUAAGCGAACACUAUGGUUCUGAUCUGGACCCAGUUUGGAGUGAAAACCAAAAAUGGAAAGUGCAAGGUCCGCGUUAUGAACAGAAAUGACAGCUCGGGCUCUUCAUCAGGGGAGAACCAGAAGGACCAAGAGGUACCCGUUCUGUCCAGGCCUAUGGGGAAGGAUUUCUACAAGGUCCUGGGUGUCGAGUCUGACUCCAACGAAGACGACAUCAAGAAGGCGUACAGGAAGAUGGCCCUGAAGUUUCACCCCGACAAGAACAGCGCUGCGGACGCCGCGGACAAGUUUAAAGAGAUUGCAGAAGCUUAUGAGAUUCUGACCGACUCCAAGAAAAGGGUCAUCUAUGAUCAGUUUGGAGAAGAAGGUCUCAAGAACGGAGGCGGGGUGUCCAUGGCAGGCAAAGAGAACAACCCCCAUCACUAUAGUUACCACGGCGAUGCCCACGAGACCUUCUCAACAUUCUUCCAGGGCUCCGACCACUUCGACAUCUUCUUCGGGCCCGACGGCGAGGAGGAGCUUUUCAAACCCUUUAACCGUUUCACCUUCAGUAAAGGUGACGGUUACCAUGGUAACUACGGCCCCAACGGCGAGAAACUUCGCGGCGGGCGACGGCAGGGCGUGGCGGUGGUGCACGACCUCCUGGUGACCCUGGAAGAGGUGUUCCACGGCUGCUCGAAGCACAUGAAGAUCACGCGGCACCGCCUCAACCCAGAUGGCCGCAGCCUUCGCACCGAGGACAAGGUCCUGAACGUGGUGGUGAAAAAGGGAUGGAAGGAGGGUACCAAGAUCACCUUUCCCAGAGAGGGUGAUGAGACGGCCAAUAGCAUACCCGCCGACGUGGCCUUCGUCCUCAAGGACAAGAAACACCCCCACUACAAGAGGGACGGGUCCAACUUAGUCUAUACGGCAAAGAUCAGCCUCAAAGAAGCUCUAUGUGGAUGCACAGUCAACGUCCCCACCCUUGACAACAGGACGAUGCCACUACCGUGCAGUGACGUCAUCAAGCCCGGCGCCAUCCGGCGGCUGAGGGGCGAGGGGCUGCCCCACGCCAAGACCCCCACCACACGUGGCGACCUGGUGGUGGAGUUCCAGGUGGCCUUCCCUGACAGGAUCCCUCCCCAGUCCAAAGAGAUCAUCAAACACAGCCUCAUUGGGUGCUAACAUGCUAUCGUGCUAACGACCACCACAGCUAGCCGAUACAAUCACAGCCUUGCUAGGUGCUAUGACAAUCCAGCACAGCUUCUCCCUAUGCUUGGUUUAGAGACAAUGGCAGGAAUGGAAUCUUUAAAAAACAUAUAUACCUUUUUGAUUAUAGGCACUAUUCGUCAUCUACAAUGCCACAGUGGAAAAGGUUUACAGUUUAACUGGUAAAUGGACUCCUGAGUGUCUGGGCAUGUUUUCUGACUGACUGACUAGCCUUUCUCUUGAAUGAAAAAGGGUAGAGGUACUCUUACUGUGUUGCCUAUAGCAAGAAUUUGGUAUGCCAAUAGAGUCAUUUGACUCAUUAGAGAAACCUGAGGUAGUUGAUUGCCACGUGGCAAAAUGAUUCUACCAGUUGUAUGGUGUUCAUAUGACUGCACUUUUACAUUGAUUUAUUACAAUAACAAAUAUGUACUUGUGUACAAGACUGUACUAAUGUACAAAUAUAGUUCUAACUGUCUCUAAAAGAGAUGAAUUUGUCAAAUGUUCAACUGAAUCAUUUGAAACGUUUGUGUAUAUAUUUGUGCUUUAACUUAUACCAGAUGUUAAUGUAUUAUUCUAAAUUGACAAAUGGACAAAGAAAAGCAUGUUGAAUAAAUGAAAAUACCUGAAUUUUAA